CUUGUGUAUUGAGACCAUAUACAUCAUGUAUCCGCGUAUUGAUUAAAUUAUCUAGUAUCCCGUCAACCCAGCUAGUAGAGUCGGCCUUACGGCCUUUGUGCCUGUAAUAAAAAUGCCCUGUCCCUUUGGGUUUGCUGGCGCCGAGGAUGCGGACGACGAAGGUGACAUGACCAGCGAGGAAGACAAGUCGGAAGAGGAGGAAGCGAAAGCAGAGUCGUCUGACCAGAACAAGAAGGAAGAGGAGGAGAAACCCGAAGCUGGCGAUGGUGCAGCGAUCAAGAAGAAAAAGAAGAAGGUAGACCCUGAGGACCUUACGUUCGACUUCGAAAAGGAUCCGGUGUCCUGGUUCUAUCAGAACCAAAUUAAAAGUGAGGCGGAAUUCAACAAGAAGAAGGAUGCCCUGAGGGCCGAAGCCCGAAAGCGGUUAGACCAAAUUAUGUCUAAGAAGGACAAGAAAGUGGAAUGGCCCACCGAUUCGGAGCUUGACGAGCUGUCGAUUCGCAGCAGCGAGCUCUCGGACCUUGACAGCGAUGUGGAUUCCUUGGGGUCCAUUCUCAGCUGUGCAAACUCCUGGAUCGACGAUGCUCGCUACGGUGCGCCCGCGGAGAAGACGCUCGUGCUGUCCUCCUACGCCUCCCUGGCGACUGCUGCGUUCAGCAUGUACCUGUCGAUGCAAGCUGUCAACACCACGCGAAAGGUUGUCGGCGUGCUGGUGAACAGCAUCUGGCCGCUCGCCGCCUUCCUGUCCUGCGUGCUGCUGGGCGGCGCCUUCAUCGGCGCGCUGCUGUCGGUGCGCUACCGCUCGCGGCGCAUGCUGCUGCUCAGCCAGGCAGCCAUGCUGCUGCUGUACUCGGGCUUCCUGGUGGUCAUGUGCGGGGUGGUGAUGAGGCCAACCGUUGUGGACCCCAAGCUGCGCGACGUGGCAUGCAUCAAGUACGGCAAGUCCGACCAGGGCUCCCGGCUGUGCAAGAUGAUUCCCGGCAUUGAGCGCGACCUGGCAGAGCAGAUGACCAGCCUCAUGUGGGCGGGCGGUGUAGCUGCCACAUGCUCGCUGGUCUGCCUGGUCACCAGCAUAUGGUACCUGUACGAACUGUCGUACAUUGAGAAGAAGGCGAUCAAGCACAAGCGCCGGCAUAAGCGCCGGAAGCACAGCAUUCCUUGGGACAAGAUCAAGAUUGUGGGGCCCGUUAGCCGGUGCGGUGCGGGCGGUGGUGGCAGCUGCCCGGUCGCGCAUAACGGCGGUGGUGGUGCCGCGCCGGCAGCAGCGGCAGCUGGAGCAAAGUGCCCCUUUUCCGGUUCGGCGGGCGAUAAGAAGAACAACUGAACGUGAAAUGGUGUUUAGGUAACAAGGCUGGCUUGCUUCUAUACUAACUUGGCUCUAGGAGUAUUGUGAGGAGACGUGAAGGCAGUAUAGGAUGUACAUUAAGCAUCACAGCAGUGGCAAACAAUUCCUGGGUUGCUGUGGACACUCCAGGGGUUACGCUUUGCUGAUGCAUGGAUAGCCGCCGGGAUAGCACGUCAUGUGGCUGCAUGUGAUGCGGUGUGCGUGCGUCGUAGCUUGCGAGUACCGACGUUGUUGCGACCCGCAACCGACGUUUUUAGACGAACAGCUGCAUGGGUCACGGUGUUCCCCAUAAAAGUCAUGAUAUAGUGCAGUUCUAUAUCAGUACAUGGCUGCGUGCGUUGUUUCCUAGACGUGUGCUCCCUAGGGUACCUACGAUAUACAGGGGAUACACCCUUUGGGGGGCGACUGUCAUAUGGGUGGGUGGUACGACAUCCGGUGGCACUGGACCGCUGUGUGGGUGGCCCGCGACUGGGCGUGUUACGAGUCUGGUGGCAUUAUAGUGGUGAAAAGGAGGAGGGUGUGCGGUGUACCCCUGACGCCUAGUGGUAUGCGUGCAAACAUUGGUCCACGUAUGGUAUGGGCGUGAAGGCGCCCGGCGUGCAGUGUGUGCGAUUACCUCAACCCAACUUCUUAGCGAACCCGUUGCUUGUACCUGGGCUUCUAGGUACUGAUUCCUAUCGGAAGCUCUUAUAGCUUAAAUAGUUUUUGUUGUGUCUGCCACUGUAAGGUGACACACCAAGUGUCGUG